GCCGCUUUGUUUGUUUCGCCGACAGUCGACGAAGAAGUCGGCACCUAACAUUUCGAGUUCUUUUUAUAGCGCAAAUACAAAUUGUUUACAUUAACGUGAGAUAUCAAAAGUAGAGGACACGCCUGCUGCCUCGUAACUCGAAAUAACGCAGUAACUGUGAUUGUGCCGCACCUUAGCCAAAAAAAUCAAAAAGAAAAUGUCGGGUACGAUUCUGGAGAAUUUGAGCGGCCGCAAGCUGUCCAUAUUGGUGAGCAGUCUGUUGCUUUGUCAAGUGGCCUGCUUCCUGCUGGGUGGUCUCUAUGCUCCCGUUCCCGCUGGCCAUCAAACUGUGCUUGGCACCAAGUGUCGUGAUGAUCCCAGUCGCCAAAACGACACCAGCUUUUUUGUGUAUUCACGUGGCGCCGGUGCCUGUAAUCCAGUGCAGCUAGACGAGAUUGAAGAUGAUCCACUGAAGAUGGCCAAUCAAUUGGUGUAUGUUUUUCAAAUGCCGCUGCCACGCAAUAAUCGUGUACUGGAUUAUAGCCGGUGGCAGCAGAAUCUCAUUGGAGUGCUGCAGGUGGACAUUGCAUAUGUUUCGUCUUCGGAGCUAAGUGCACCGCCCAAGGAUCUGCAGUUGACUAUUGAGGCGCGACUUGCGUAUCGCAAUAACGACGAUGGCGACAAGGAUUGGCAGCUGUAUGCGAACAGCGUUGAACAUCGCUAUCUCGACUGUCAUCCAUCGAAUGUGCACGCCAAGGAGACCCUCUACAAUUGCGACAUCAUACCACUGUUUGAGCUGGGCGCACUGCAUCACAGCUUCUAUUUGCUGAACCUGCGCUUCCCCAUGGACUCGCCCAAGCAAAUUAACAUGCAAGUGGGACACAUGCAUGAUCUCACCUUGACAGCCAUCUAUCAGAAUGGUGGCUUCACACAAGUCUGGCUGCUGCUCAAGACACUGCUCUUCCCCUUCGUCGUGGGUAUUAUGAUCUGGUUCUGGCGUCGCGUUCACAUCCUGCAACGUUCUCCUGCCCUUUUGGAAUACAUGCUGCUGUAUUUAGGCGGUGCCUUGAGCUUCCUCAAUCUGCCACUCGAGUAUCUGACGCUGGGCGUGGAAAUGCCAUAUAUGCUGCUACUCAGCGAUGUGCGACAAGGCAUAUUCUAUGCCAUGCUUCUCUCCUUCUGGCUUGUGUUUGCCGGCGAGCAUAUGCUCAUCCAGGAUUCGCCCAACAAGUCCACCAUACGCUCACGCUACUGGAAGCAUCUGUCGGCCGUUGUUGUCGGUUGCAUUUCGCUGUUUGUGUUUGACAUUUGUGAACGGGGCGUCCAACUGCGCAAUCCCUUCUACUCCAUUUGGACAACGCCGCUGGGUGCCAAGGUUGCCAUGAGUUUCAUUGUGCUCGCUGGUGUUUCGGCUGCCGUCUACUUUCUCUUCCUCUGCUUCAUGGUGUGGAAAGUGUUCAAGGACAUUGGCGAUAAACGUACUUCAUUGCCAUCCAUGUCGCAGGCGCGUCGUCUGCACUACGAGGGUCUCAUCUAUCGCUUCAAAUUCCUUAUGCUGGCCACUUUGCUGUGCGCUGGUUUGACCGUCGCCGGCUUCAUCAUGGGCCAAAUGGCCGAAGGGCACUGGCAAUGGAACGAAGAAAUCGAAAUUCAGCUAACGUCCGCUUUUCUCACCGGCGUCUAUGGCAUGUGGAACAUCUAUAUCUUUGCCCUGCUCAUCUUGUAUGCACCCAGUCACAAACAAUGGCCCACGAUGCACCAGCGGGACGAGACAACGCAGUCGAAUGAGAAUAUUGUUGCAUCCGCUGCCAGUGAAGAGAUCGAAUUCAAUCAUCUGCCAUCCGACUCCAAUCCCAGCGAGAUAUCAUCACUCACCUCCUUUGCACGCAAGGUGGCCUUUGAUUAAAAGGGUCAAGCAAACAAUGCGAACACAGGAGAUGACACGGCCCGUCUUGAAUCAUUUAUGUUGUGUGUGUGCCAAACUAAUUCUAAGAUUAGCACUUGGCGGUCCAGGAGAGAGAAAGGAGGGAGAAAGAGCACGCUCUGCACUUCAACUCAAAGCUCAAAGUGUUAGGACGUACUUUUGCAUUAGUAUUACCAAUUAACAGAGUAACAUUUCUUGCCUAGUUUUUGCAUUUUACAUACACUUAAUGAAUAGACUUGAUUCUUAGCCAUUUAUCUUCAUCAUUCACGUACAAUAUGUAUUUCUUUUAUAUUCUUUUUGUCAUAUCCAUGUUUUUUAACUGAUAUUUUGUAGUGAACGCGUGUACUUAUUCUCCCAGACAGUAUUAUACUAUAUAUACAUACAUAUAUGUAUGUGUGAAAUCUUUUAAUCUAGCUAUUAAGAAUCUCUAUAUGAACGAACAUUUUAUCGGGUGCAACAUUUGAAUACCAUAAGAUAUAAUUACAUAAAUAUAUAUAUUUAGUGUACAACCAAUCUUUACUUUUAUAACUGACAAAUCGUAGAGCAAUUUAUCACUCCAGUAGCAAUGCAAUGAAUAAACAAAAGCAAUAUUCAAUCGA